AUUCGCCGGCAAAGCUGCGGCUGCGGCUGCGCUAGGCGCUAGCUAGCUGCUGCGCGGGCAGGUGGCACCAAAAACCCUCGUGCUUUCGGCUGCCCGCCCGCGUGGUUUUCACGGAGAAGCCGCGGAACCGAAUGGCAGCAGGGGCAAGCGAUCAACUUGCCAAGCAACGCACUGCAGCACUACUGUACUGCACCGCAACAGCGCGGCGGCACAGUAGCGCAACCGAAGGCUCCACAACUCCGCCUUCAUUCCCCAAUCCAUCCUCGCCGCCCGGCGCCCGCCUUUCCCCACCUCGACUCGACGCGACGUCGGCCCGACCCGAUCCUCGGCACGGAAUCUUCUAUUGGAUAAUGUGGCGUUAUUAUCAGAACUCCACUCACCAUCCUCUACUUUGACUACAUCUGAUCCAAUUGGACUACUGGACCAGCUCUUUUCGUCCAAUGGGAAUUGUCAAGAUAGGAAGCCGUGAGCCUGCAGCGAGGAGUGGUUACAGUUGUGGAGGCGGAGGUGGACUGUGAGCUUGCAUCGUCGAGAGGCCAGAUGUGCAAUAUCCCCUAUGGGAUUUAUGACCUGCAUGGUGGCUUGGCCGAGGUUCUUUCUUUGGAGACAUGGAAUUCAUGCCUGACGGAAGAUGAUAGACUCCGUCUAGCAGCCUACCUCCCGGACAUGGAGCAACAGGACUUUGUCACAACCAUGAAAGAGCUGUUCAGUGGGGAUGCUAUGUUCUUUGGAAGUCCAGUUAAAAGUUUUUUUCAUGGAUUGAGUGGUGGGCUCUAUUCUCCACAAGUUUCUCAGGCAAGGGAGUUACUGAUGAUGUUUCAAAGACGAAGGCAUUAUCACUUUCUCAAGUGGUACCACGAUGAUAUGGUUGCUAAGUUUGCAUCCAUGAGCAAUCUGUUGAGGAGUUCUGAUACGAGUGCAACUCUUGGAGAGAAGCUUCCCAUCUCGCGCAGGCACGUAUACGAGAAGCGUUUCCCAUGUGUUAGUCUUAGCAGUACCAUUCCACCAGUUACUAUCAAGGAUGAAACUGCCACUGUUUCAUCACCAAUGGAAUGCGCUAAACUUGCGGGUGGGCCAUUAAGCACUCAUUGUUCAACCAGACAUGAUGAAAGAGCCCAUGCAGCCAAAUCAGUAGAAAUGAACUCAUUGGAAAGUCAAAUCCUCCGUCCUCUCAGUGACCCCAUGCAAAAUUGUAGUAAACUGCCCAAAGGUGUGCUGAAAAUAAGGACUGGUUGUGCUUCUGUUGCCGAUGGCAGUGAAGGGACGCGUCAUAGACCUGGACCGGUUCUAGCAGAUCAACCAGGAGCACAGAGCUCCAGAAUUUGCACUCCACCUCUUGUUUUUAGACAUGGUGUUCAUGGCUUUUCUGAGAAUCCAUCUUCUCACACCAACAGAAUCAACAGCACGUCUGACAGCUCACACCGUACUCCCUUACAACGGGAGGGUACACUAGAACCGUACGCACCAAUGGGCAAAAUCCCACCUCGAGUCCAAAUGACAGUUCCACAGGAGCACAGUGCGGUUUACCCUUCCAUGACAGGCUUCUACCAACCAGCAGCUAACCAUAGCUUAGCAUAUUCCAGUGAAGCAUACGGCACCAGAGAACGUGCCCACAUGGAAGACCUUCUGAAGAACUUCGGCUGCGGUCAAAACAUCGUAGCCCAUCAGAUUUCUCCUGAUCCAUAUGCGAGAGCCAUGGAUGGCCUUCAAACAAACGGAUACUCCAGUUCGAAAAACGCUGAGAGUAUCUCAGACAUGCUGAGCCUUGGUACAAGGACAUACCCGCUUCAUAGCAGUGCCUCGGAGCUGCUGGAAACCGUGUGCAACCACCGUGAAGGCGCACCAUCUGCCAAUGCUGUUGCUGAAGCUGAAGAGUCUCGUCAGUUCACUUACACCUACGCGAGGAGGAAGCCGCACAAGAGAUCGACUAUGGCGGAGCGUACAGUGCCACCAAGUGCGGUAGACGGCAUGGCCAUCAUGAAAGCGAAGGCAAUCAGACUCUGAACUGGAUCUUGUCAGCUGCAAACAUUGAGAACUGAACAUAGUUGGGGCUGGGGACAGAAUUUAGCAUCCACCUAACAUAGUAAAUAAGCAUGAACCGUUUUACCUUCUAUAGACCAGACCCUCCCAGCAGAAUAUAUGCCUGUUGUCAUUGUCAAACGGGAUAAGUAACUUAGCUUACACUGAAAUGCUGAAGUAUGUAAAUCAGCUAUAUCUUUCUCCUGUUUUCAGGAGCAAUUUUGCCCCGCUAUUAUAGAUGUCCAAGAGUGCCGUUCCAUGUUGAGCUGCGAUAUUUCUUCUGUUACUCCAGUCAUGUUGUGCCUUUUUAGCUGGGCGGAUCCAUGGUGGGCUGGACGGGGCUCGGACCGUCACCCCUCCAUAUUUUAUUGGAAUAAAAGAAGAAGAGUGAGGAGGGAGUGAGAAAGGAAGGAGACGAAUGCAGAGGAAGAAGCAAAUCCAUAUCUUGAUUUUCUGCCGCUUUCAUCUGGCAUAUUCAAUUUAAUUUCGAAUCUGAUUCAUCAAAUUCAAAUCUGAACUAGUUUGGUCGUUGUCUUA